CAUGUACUGAUUUCUGGAGAAAAAGAAACGUUGAUGUGACAUUGAAGUAAGAUAAAGAUAAACAAUGGACCACAGGGCGCAGCUUGAGAACAAGAAAUACAGGAACUGGGUGAGAGCCGGGCUUGGUAUUAAAUAUGUAAAAGACGGCUUGGAACCAUUCUGUGAUCAUCUUGUUAACCAGCAGCAUGCUGAUAUAUUAGAUAAAGUUAAACAGAAACAUAAUCUAUCGGCAGUAGCAUGUGGACUAUGCGAUGUACGCACACUCCAGCCGGACCAUGUUCAAACCAAAAAUAGACAAUGUCCUCUCGGUCAAACACAUUGUAACUGUCUUCACCCACGCGGGAAAACGUCUUGUCCUAACAACGUAUGUGGUGCUAUAUACGAUGAAAUCAUUAGGCGUCACGCAUCCACACCUCCUGCUCCAUACUGGAAAAACACAGACGCUCAACAGUGGUGUACUGAACCUUGGGCUGUUGCAAAAUGUUUCAUAAAUGCUCCAGGAUAUGAACACAAGACAAGAGCAACUGAGUUAGACUGUUCCGGCUUGUUGCAUCUGUUGAUUAAUAACAUAGAGUUUCAUCACCAUAUCCAGUGUAUAAUUGAUGGCAGUGAUGCUUUCUCAAGGGUACUUCAACACAGAAACGCCAUAUUUCAUUGUAACAAUAUGGAAGUAGAGGACACAGACAUUGCAAAUUAUAUAGAAGAUAUGAUAGAACUGCUGCAAGAUGAUAAAGAAAUGAAAGAUAGACAGGAAUCUAAAAAUGCGGUCAAGAAACUGCUUGAGCUAAUGCAGGAAAAGUUUGUAAUAACAACUACAGAUGAAUUGGAAGUGCGUCGUAUUGCAAUGGAUGUAAUCGAACAGAAGGAAAAGAAUCUUGAACAGAGAAUAGUUGACGCAUCGAAUGAAAUUGGAGUUAAAACUGAUGAAAGUAAAACACAGAUAAAGGAGAUAGGUUCAACUAUCAAAGAUGAACUCGCACAGAAAAGGGUAGAUAUGAAAGAUGAUUUGAGAAAGUCAGAAAUCGACUUAAAAGGAAAACUAGAGAAGAGAGAGAAAGAAAUCAAGGAAGCGAUUAGGAUGAAGGAAGUUGAAUCUACAGAGACUAUGGAUAAAAAAGAGAUGGAAAUCAAAGAUAAUUUGAGAAUGGUAGAAUUGGAAUCAAAAGGGAAACUAAAUCAAAAAGGGAAAGAAAUUGAAAAGCAUUUAGAGCGUAAAGGAGAAGAUAUACUUAAUCAGCUGGAAAGAAAACAGUCAGCUCAGAUUCAGAUCGAGGCCAAGCGUAAUGAUGAUAUUACUAAGGCAACAGCAGACGAUUUAAUGAAGUCAAGUCCUAUUGACAGGGCUCUGCAGCCUAAUUAUGAAAGAAUGAGAGCAGAGCUGAAAGACGAUUUGGCUACCUUCUACAAAACAAGAUACAGUACAAUACCACUGUCACCGCUAGUCGAGGGACACGACACUCCCCUUGUAGAUUUUUACAUUUUGCCUGAAAUGAAUAUCAUUGAAAAGCAGGACAAAAAGCCAGCUGGGGAAGAGACUAAAACGCCUGUCAAAUCGUUGUCGGACGUAUUCCAGUCUGAAAACAGUUGUGAAAUAUAUUUAACCGCUGAUGCUGGAUUUGGAAAAACUGCAUUUUCAAAAUAUCUGGCUGUCACAUGGUGCCAGGCUCAUCGUCCCGAAAUGAAAUACAAAAAGUACUUCUCAGAAGAUUCGAUAACUGCCAUGCGUGAUUUUGAGUUUUUGUUUCUUGUGUUAUUACGGGAUUCUUCUGAUGAUUGCAGUAUUGAUGAUUUGAUAAUGAAUCAAAUUAUACAAAAUUUGUCACAGUCUUCAAAAAUGACAUUAGAUUCUAUACAGCGUAUUUUGCACCGGGAAAGAUCUUUAAUUAUUUUGGAUGCUUUAGAUGAAUGGGUCCAUCCUGAAAAGAAAUGUACAAAAGUGCCAAAAAUAAUUCCUCAUCGUAAUGCUCGUGAAAAGUGUGUAAUCCUUACAACAACAAGACCUUGGAAAUUAGGUGUGUUAAAUCUUAAAAAUAGUGAAAUAGAUAAGAAAGUGGAACUAGUAAAACUAACCUCCGAGUCAGCACAGACAUUAGAGGAAAGAGCGAUUUCAAAAAUAAAGAAUCUCGAUGUUGCUGAAGCUAAAAUCCUGGCCAAACAAUUAAAUAAAAAAAUCAAAGAAAAUAAACUCGAGGAAAUGGAAUCCGUCCCCCUUCUUUCGAUGUAUCUCAUUAGUUUAUGGUGUGAAGACAUUCCACUAGGACAGUCAAAGUGUGGACUAUAUGCAAGCAUUAUUGAACUCCUGCUGUCAAGAACUUUAAGCAAACAUCCGGAAAUGGAACCAACGGGCGAACCCUCCCAGAGUGAUAUCCCACAAUGCUUCAGUGAACAUGAACAUUGUAAUCAAUACUGCACGUAUCUGAAAGCUUUAGGUAAAUUGGCAUAUGAAACUUUAUUCAGUGAAACAAAGGAGAACACUCUUGUUUUUUACAAGGCAGUGGCAGAGAAGUAUCUCUCACCAAAUGAUUUGAAAUUAAGUCUAAACUCGGGAAUAUUAACACAAAGUACAGAAAAGACACUACUCAAACAAAUUACUAAAGUUUCGUUUUCGCACAAAACAAUACAAGAAUUUUUGUGUGCAUUGUACAUUAGCUGUCAAAAUGAAAAUGAUGUCAAAAACAUUGUUCUAAACAAAUGCAAAAGUUUGCAAAGUAUUCUUGAUAUGUCGACAGUGCUUAUUUUCAUCAGCGGAAUGAAUGCAGAAAUCAUUUCUUCAAUAUCACAGGAAUUUCUUUCUGUUAUCAGCGAAGAUAAGAGAACGAGAGAAUACAGAUCCAAGACUGAUAAGUACUUUAACUGUCAACCUCUGGUAGACAUACAAGACAUGUACAUUUCUUGUAUGAAAGAAAACACGAGCGAUAAGGAACUCAAACUUUUCUGUCAAGACUUUUUCUUUUUUGGAAGUUUUAUUAAAGAAAGUUUUUCAUAUUUAGCACGGCUCGCGGUACACAAUAAAAAUAACAUGGCGUCAAUAGAUAUCGACACAAUGCAUGGUCGUAGUUUACGUGAAAUUAUUGAUUCUUGUGAAUUGCACGAACUGUUCCAGAUCAAUAAAAUACAAUACUUCGGUGAAGGAGAAACCGCACAGCUUCCUGUACUGUUGGACAAGUCGCCGAAAUGUGUCAUUGUUACUGAUUUUGGUGGUUCUUGGAGCCGUGAAAUGUUGGAAACAUUACAGAAUAAUUCUCUGUUACAAGCAAUUUUUAUCUGGGGUAUCAAGAUGAGUCACGAUGUACUGAAUGACUUUCUGAAUUAUAUUAUAAACAGAAAAACAAUGACGGAGAUUAGAUUGUGGGACUUAGACUGUACCGAGCACGAGCGUUCGUGUACCGAGUACUGGCGGCCUUCUUGUACUUUCAGUUUAGAUUUUAGUCAGCAUUCAGAUCUAAGGAAGUUAGAAUUGGGCUGGAUACCUGAAGUGUCACAAUUGAAAGUUAAUAGUCAAGUGAAACACGUGGAGUUGCGGGGUAUCAAUCUAGGUGAAAGGUCGCUGCCUCCUGAUAUGGCGAAUAUUGAAAGUGUUUAUUUGCAUAAGGUAAACAUGUCUGCUUCAACAUUGUGUGAUCUCGUUAGGGUAGUGGAGAAACUUUCACACAAAGUCACAGUAACAAUAGAGUUAUUUAAGAUAGAACCGGAAACAGAGUUUGAACACGUUAAACAAUAUAUACACUCAUCUCAGAAUUUCCGAGUUACGCGGGAUGAUAGCGGGUGGUUUGUGUUUGAAACAAAAGUUGAAAGUUAAGUUACUAAAUAAACUCAGACUUAUAGUGUAAACAUUUUGUAAACAUUCCAUUUAAAAUAUGUUACACAAAAUUUAACACAUGACAUAUGACAUAAUAUUAUAUUUGUGUAUAUAAAUACACUCAUGUUAAAAAUUUAGAUAUCGACAAAAAUUCUUGGAAAUGGAGGAAAAAAUGGAUGUUCCUAUAUACAAGGAUUAAUACACAAAUUCCGUUUCCCGUUAUAUUUCAAGAGCAUAGAUGUUUUUUUUCUGGUGACAAGGCUACAAACACCAUCACAUAAAUGGCAUGACCGCUUGUCUCUGGCAAUUGGACAUAAGGAUUUUGCAGGACUAUAAUCGUAUUAUACCCCAAAAUCUGAGAGAAUGACUACUUGGAAAUAUUAGUCCAUUACCAGGGACAAAUUAUACUGUUUUACUUAAAUUGGUUGAUAAAGAAAUGUCGGACUUUCACUAAUGUGUACACAUAUUGCUUUGAGCUCAUUUUUUUAUGGAAAGUUUAUAAGUAAAGUUUUGUAAGUAUUAAGUGGAAAGGUUUCAAACAGUCACGCGCGCUGUCAAGACAACUUUAUUUUGAAAAAAGUGUUUGAUUUGACUUCAUUUUGAUGUUAAUUGUUUACAAUGUUUAAGUGUUAGUGUUAUUUCAAGAUAGUUAGUUUUAAAAUGUCUGGUGCUGCAAAUGAAUUUUGCUGUGUUUGACAUAUCACUGCAAAGAAAUUGCAUUGUAAGGGAAUUUUUAGAUAUUAAAUGCAUUUUGUUCUAUGAAAAAUAUAUAUUGUGAGGCAUGUUUUAAUGAUACCAAAAUCACUAUUUGAGCCGCGCCAUGAGAAAACCAACAUAGUUUCCGCGCAGUCUGGUCAGGAUCCAUGCUGUUCGCUUACAGUUUCUCUAAUGGCAAUAGGCUUUAAAAGCGAACAGCAUGGACUAUGUUGGUUUUCUCAUGGCACGGCUCAUUUGUUUGCAUAGUCCGUAGCCAUAUACUAGCUACAACAUUUAAUGUGUUCAUGCAUAAGUCUUAUUAAAAGUAAAACCUCUAUUUAACUGAUAUGGCUUGAAGUCUCUGUAGAAUUUUUGUUUUGUUUCUAGCAGACGACAUUAAUAAUUGUACUAGGAAGAACAUAUUUUUUACGGAAACCUUCUAAAGGUCUCGGCGGAGUUUUCAUAAUUUUGAUAAAAAGUAAAACUAGAAAUCUAAUUUGUUAUACGCCCGGAUCUGAAUGAGAGGGGCGUAUUACGUGAACUCCCGUGAUGGGCGGGCGGGUAGUCGGCGUCCAAAAGCAUGUCCGCUCUCUAAGACAAACAGUUUUCAUCCAAACUUGGUGACAAUGUUUGUGGGCAUAAUAUCUUGGCCAAGUUCGAUAAUUACAGGUUAUUAGUUUUGUAUCGGGAAAUAUGCACGAGUUUUUCAGUGGAAAUAUUGCGCGACUUUAGGAGCGCAAUAUUCUUCCGCUGAAGAACGAGUGCAUAUUUCCCGAUGCAAAGAUAAUAACCUUUUUAUUACAUACUCGUAUAAAUAUAAUGUAAAUAUCAUAAAUUUGUUCAACAGCCUGAAUAAGACUAUCAAUACUAAACUAAAUAGAAAAAAUAGUGCAACAACACACACUGAAUUCCGUCACGCACCCGAUAUGAAAUUCAGGCGUCAGUGUAUGGAAAAAUAUUGACGUUUCCGUUACCAGUGUAACUUAACGGGGAAUAGAAACGAGUAUGUAAUAACCAGCAACAUCGCCCCUAGCAAUCUUGGGUUAUGGCCCUUGAAUUACUUGAAAACUGGAAAUGGCCAAGUUCAAUAACCAACCAAAUCACCCCGGCAAUCUUGGAUUAUGGCCCUUGAAUUAGGCAUAGUUCGACGACGGGCGUAUUUUGUGACAGUCUGUCACUAUUGUUGUUUUAAAUGAUUGUGAAGUAGUCUUUGUUUAAACAAUAGAUGGAAACUUUUCUAUGUAGAGACUAGUUGUAUUGUAAAAUUAUUGGAGUUAGGCCUACUUAAUGAAUGGAAUGACUAUUUUUUUCAUAUUUUAUAUAGAAUAAAGAAAAACAGCUAUUUUUCAUUUUUACUUAAAAUUUUAUAAAGUUUUACUUACUUCUAUAUAUUAAAUGAAUGGAUGUUGCAACAGAAAUAUUUUCAUCAACAAAAGUUGGGUUUACAAGAAAAAAAAGACAGAAAGAAAAGACAAUGGACUAUGUUAUGAACAUCUGCUUACACAUAUUACAUUACAUGUAUGUCUAUUUCUAUAGGAAGAUGGUGUUUUUUUCUUUCUGAUUAAUAGCAAUUACCAUGUAUAUAUAUAUAUUUGAUAGACUGUUGAAGAUGUAUGGUAUAUUCGCCUUAUGUAAUAUUAUAAAGUAUGUAUAUUAUAUAUGAACUGUAUGUUUAUGUUGAUUGCUUGUCAACAGAAGACAUGAUGGUUUAAUGCUCUUUUGAUCGUAACCUUGUUACAAUGACAUGUUAUUAGCUCACCUGAGAGCACAAAAUGCUCAAGGUGAGCUUUUGUGAUCGCCCUGCGCCCGUCGUCAUCUGUCGUCAUCAGCUUCAAAAAUUGAAAUAACACUGGUAAGAAUGAUAGGACGAGAUUUUAAGUCUAUAAAAUGAAUUAUGUCAAAUUCGAAGGAAAUAUUUUUGACUCCCUAAAGACCACAUUUUUCUUAUGUUAUAAUGUUCCCCAGAAUGUUUGCACCUAUAGAAUUUGAAACUCGAUUAUUUCAGGUCACCAACCAUGUCACUAUGUCAAAUAAUAGAUAAACCUAAUUAAGACAGUACAGUAAAUGAAGUCGAUUUUAGGACUGGGUUACACUCAGUUACAUGAAACCAUAAAGAGGGUCGCACUUUCUAUUUAUCAAUGUAAUUACUUUAUGGAUUUGUAACGUUUAAACUUAUUAUUGUUAUUCUACAUCAUCACCUACAUUGUAUGGCUCAAGGGCCAUCACUCUCAUACCAAUAUUUCGUGAAUUAUCUUACACCUUUUACUUAGGAUUUCAGGUUAAAGUUUUGAUUCACUUUCAAUCUAUCUUACUUAAACGGAUUUGAUUCAAACAUAAAAUAUUGAUCCACAUCAUAUAACACAAGGUCAAAUACUCUAGCUGCAAGUUUACAUGUAUUAUGCCCCCUUUGUCUUGGAAGUUUAGGUUAAUUUUGAUGCAUUUUCGCUAUAUGGAGAGGAUUUGAUUCAAACUAAAAAUAGCUAUUCCACAUCACCACUCUCACCAUCUGACACAAGGGCCAUAACUCUUGCACUAAAGACUGACCCUGACUGUUUCAAAAUUUCAUGAAUUAUCUCCCCUUUUAGGUAAGAAUGAAAGGCAAUGCUGUUUUGAUGAUAAUUUUAACUGCUAAGAUUUCUUGAGAAAAUUGUCACCAUAUUAAUAGUUGGUCAAAUGGCAGCCAUUUUGUUUUCAUUGCAACAGAAACAAAUAGCAGAUUUAGUGUAUUUCUACGCCCUUUUUUGAAUUGCAUUUGCCUAUUACUCUAAAAUAACUUUUUUAUUUUUAUACGCCCGUGUCUGAAAGAGCGGGGAGUAUUAUGUGAACAUCCUUUUUGUGUGUGUGUGGGGGGGGGGGGGGGGGGCAUCCAAAAGUGUGUCCAAUUUCUAAGUCGAACAGUUUUCAUCCGAUUAUUACCAAACUUGCUGACAAUCUUUGUGACCAUAAUAACUAGGCCAAGUUCGAUAACCACCAAAAUCGCCCAAGGCUCUUUUUUAUUAUGGCCCUUGAAUAACUCGAAUAACUACCAAUUUAGCCUUGUGCCCUCCUUUAGUCCAAAAGUUUUCAUCCGAUCUUCACAAAAUUGCUAACAAUGUGUGCGAGCAUAAUAACUCGCCAAGUUCGAUAACAACCUAAAUCGCCUCAGGCACUCUUGGAUUAUGAUCCUUGAUCAACUUGAAAAUCUGCGAAUUUAGCCUUAUCUGGCCUUUAAGUCAGUUUCCAUUCAAGCUUCACCAAACUUGACGACAAUGAUUUUGGGCAUAAUAUCUCGGCGAAGUUUGAUUGCCACCCAAAUCGGGUGUUUUUGUGUUAGCGUGGCCCUCUUGUUUUUCUUUAAAAAGAUUGCCUCUAUGAGACAGAAAUCUCGGGUCCCUGUCUUAAAGGUCAGGGUCAUUUUGGUGGUCAAAUGUCAUUGUCCGGGCUGAAACUUUGCCAUGUAUAUUUAAGCAAUCUCUUUGAAAAUGCUCUUUGAAAAAACGCGAUGUAUUAUGGAAACGGUCAUGGCGUUCGGGCGGCGUCCACAAUUUUUGUCUGGCGCAUAAUUAUCUUCUUCAAGCAUUGGGGGAUGUUAAUGUAACUUGGUACUAAUAUUCACGAAUAUGAGACAGAGUGUCAUGCAUAAGAAUCAUGUUUCUAGGUCUAAGGUAAAGCAAAAGUCAAAUUCAAUAAUGACUAUGUCCGGAGCAUUUCUUCUUCAUACAUGGAAGGAUUUUAAUGAAACUUUGCACGAUUGUUCACAAUAAAAAAACGGGGUGUCAUGCGCUUAAACCAGGCACCUAUGUCUAAGGUCAAGUUCAUACUUAUAGGUCAAAGGAUACAAGAAUGACAACUUUUUCCGGAGCAUUUCUUCUUAAUGCAUGGAGGGAUUUUGACGUAACUUGGCACAAAUGUUCACCACUAAAAGUCGGAAUGUCGUGUGCAAGAACCUGGUAUUUAGGUUUAAGGUCAAAGGCACACUUAAAUUCCAAAGGUCAGAUACAAGAAUGCCUUUUUUCGGAGCAUUUCUUCUUCAUGUAUGGAUGUAUUUUGAUGAAUCCAAGCACAAUAGUUCACUAUCUCCAGUCGGAGUGUCAUGCGCAUUUUUGAGGGAUUUUGAUGUACCGAAGCACAAUUCUUCACAAUCACCAGACAUGAACCAUGUCCCUAGUUUAGAACUACUUCUUUUGUUAGCUCACCGGUCACGAUGUGACAAGGUAAGCUAUUGUGACCGCUUGAUGUCCGUCGUGCGUCAACAAUUUCUAAAAAAAAUAUCUUCUUUAAAACCACUUGGCAGAUUUACAUGAAACUUCACUGGAAUGUUCCUUGGGUCGUUCCCUUUCAAAAUUGUUCAAAAAAUUGAAUUCCAUGCAGAACUCUGGUUGCCAUGGUAACCGAAAGGAACAACUUUAAAAAUCGUCUUGUCCAAAACCACAGGGCCUAUGGCUUUGAUAUCUGGUAUGUAGCAUCAUCUAAAAGGUCCUCUAUCAAAAAAGGUUAAAUUAUCCCCCAGGGUCAAAUAUGGCCCAGCCCCGGGGGUCACAUGGUUUGUAUAGACUUAUAAAGGGAAAACUUUGAAAAUCUUCAUGUACAAAACCACAUGGCCUAGGGCUUUGAUAUUUGGUAUAUAUGUAGCAUCAUCUAGUGGUCCUCUACCACGGUUCUUCAAAUUAUACCCCUUGGGUUAAAUAUGACCCUGCCCCGGGGGUCACUUGGUUUAAACAGACUUAUAUAGGGAAAACUUUGAAAGUCUUGGGCCUAGGGCUUUGAUAUUUGCUAUGUAGCAUCAUCUAGUAGAUCUCAACCAAGAUUGUUCAAAUUAUCCCCAUGGGGUCAAAUAUGGCCCCGCCCCGUGGGUCCCAAGUUUUACAUAGAGUUAUAUAGAAAAAAAUCUUCUUGUCUGAAACCACAACACUUAGACCUUUGAUAUUUGGUUUGUAGCAUCGUCUUAUGGUCCUCAACCAAAUUUUUUUCAAAUUGUACCCCUUGGAUGAAAAGAGUACGUGCCUUUGGGGUCCCAAGUUUUAUAUCGACUUAUAAAGGGAAAAAAAAAACUUUAAAAAUCUUCUUGUCUGAAACCAUAAGACCUAGACGUUUGAUAUUUGGUAUGAUGCAUUGUCUAGUAGUCCUCUACCAAAAUUGUUCAAGUUAUUCCCCUGGGGUUAAAAGAGGCCCCGCCCUGGGGUCACUUAGUUAUUAUGUGAGUUAUAUAGGAAAAUACUUAAAAAAUCACCUGAUCCUAUUUCCAAGACUGAUUAAUUAUAAUUAACUGAUGACCCCAAGUAAUAUGAUCUCACUUGACUGUGACCUUGACCUACUGACCUACUUUCUUGUUUUUAAAGAUACAGCCUUGAAAUUUUUACGACAUACACAGUUUAUCACACAAAUUCAUUGACAAUGAAUGUGACGUACUGACUUUCUUAAUACUUUAUCAUCAGUUUGACAUUUUAAAUAUGUAGCUCAUAUUACUCAGGUGAGAAAUCUAGGGUCAUCACGACCCUCUUGUUUUUACUGAAAAUAGCUUAUAUUGUAACAUUUUUAUUACUGAUCGUAGAGAAAAUCAAUACCACUUUUCUGCUGUACAACAUGAAUGUUAAAUCCAAUUUUUAGGUUUAUUUUGACCAAUCGCUACCUGGUGAGGAUUUUUGUGUUGACUUUUGUAAAGAUUUUCUUCCCAUUGUUGUCACUUUGAAUAAUUUAUAUUGUAACAUGUUUUGACAAUUAGAAAAACCAGGACUACUUUCAUGUGGUACAACAUAGAUGUUACUUUCAUUUUAGGUGUAUUGUUAGGUAUCUAUCUCUACCUGGUAAGGCGUUUUUUGUGGACUUGUAUUAUGCAGAUGCGUAUAUAAUAAAAAUGCUUUUAUUUUUGCAUCGGGAAAUAUGCACUCGUUCUCCAGCGAAAGAAUAUUGCGCUCUUAAAGUCGCGCAGUAUUUCCGCCGAAGAACUCGUGCAUUUUACCUGAUACAAAGCUAAUAACCUAUAAUUAUAGAUCGUGAAGUUAAUUUAAAAUAUAUUGAAUAUUUUAUUUCAUUUUUAUGUUAUUAACUUUUUAAUGCAUGACCUAGUGUAGGUUCUCAGUGUAACAUAUUUUGAUAAAUAAUAAAUCAAAAUUGUGCGAGUAAUUUAUUGAAAUUGUAUAAAUAUAUGAAAAUAAUAAAAAUAUUUCACU